ACGAAUCGUUCAGACCAGUUUUGUGAACUGAUUGAUUCAUUACAAAGAUUCGACUCAAAGGAACGAUUCCGACAUCACUGGUCUAGGGCUGAGCUUGAGCUCUCAAUCAAAUCCCAGAGACGAGGAGUAAGGAAGCUCUGUGGAGACAUGUAAGAUGGCAGAGCUGCAGAUGUUACUAGAGGAAGAGAUUCCAGCCGGUAAACGAGCUCUCGUGGAGAGUUAUCAGAACCUUACGAGGGUCGCGGACUACUGCGAGAAUAAUUAUGUUCAGGCACAGGAUAAGAGGAAAGCCUUGGAGGAGACCAAAGCCUACACCACCCAGUCCCUGGCAAGUGUGGCCUAUCAGAUCAAUGCCUUAGCCAACAAUGUCCUGCAGUUGUUGGAUAUCCAGGCCUCGCAGCUGCGCAGGAUGGAGUCCUCCAUUAACCACAUAUCUCAGACGGUAGACAUCCAUAAGGAGAAGGUCGCCCGACGAGAGAUUGGCAUCCUGACAACGAAUAAGAACACAUCAAGGACUCAUAAGAUCAUCGCUCCGGGCAACAUUGAGCGGCCGGUGAGGUACAUCAGGAAGCCCAUCGACUUCACAGUACUGGAUGAUGUGGGGCAUGGAGUGAAGUGGCUUAAAGCCAAGCAACACGGCAACAAUCAGUCAGUCAGAGGAGGAACUCUCUCCAGGACCAAUCCCCCAACACAGAAACCUCCCAGCCCACCCUUGACCGGACGAGGCACUCUUGGGCGUAACAAUCCUUAUAAAACACUUGAGCCGGUGAAACCUCCAACAGUGCCCAGCGAUUACAUGACGAGUCCAGCUCGCUUGGGCAGCCAACACAGUCCAGGACGCACCGCGUCUCUCAACCAGCGACCGAGAACCCACAGUGGCAGCAGCGGGGGAAGCGGCAGUCGAGAGAACAGUGGCGGCAGCAGCAUUGGCAUUCCCAUCGCCGUGCCGACUCCCUCCAUUCCCAACUCAGUCCCAGUCACACCCUCAUGGGCAGCUCCCCCCGGAGCUCCACCCCCAGCCCCCCCUCCUCCACCCCCCCUCCCUGGCCAGGGCCCGCCAAUGCCAGCCGCUGCUAUAGCUGUGGCUGCAGGGCCAGGUCUCGGGCCCAUCCCCAUGUCGCAGUUCGGCACGAUAUCUCGACAGAUCUCCCGACACAGCUCCACCACCUCCUCCGUCUCCAUGGUUUCUGCCACGGGCACAUACCGCCGAGCGCCGUCCGUCUCUUCCCAGUUCUCCCUGCAGCAGCCGCACAUUAACGGGGGCACAAACGCAAUGUCUAUGGCCCCCCCUCCUCCACCCAUGCCUCAGCUCACCCCACAGAUCCCUCUCACAGGCUUUGUGGCCAGAGUACAGGAAAACAUUGCAGAUACCCCGACUCCUCCCCCUCCCCCGCCCCCUGAUGACAUACCCAUGUUUGACGAGGCUCCGCCUCCACCGCCGCCUCCUCCAGUCGACUAUGAAGAUGAAGAGGCAGCUGUAGUGCAGUACAGUGACCCCUAUGCAGAUGGAGACCCUCAGUGGGCCCCCAAGUCCUACAUUGAGAAAGUGGUUGCCAUCUAUGACUACACCAAGGAUAAGGACGAUGAACUGAGCUUCAUGGAAGGAGCCAUUAUCUACAUCGUCAAGAAGAAUGACGACGGCUGGUUCGAGGGCGUCUGCAGCGGCGUCACUGGUCUGUUUCCUGGAAACUACGUGGAGUCCAUCAUGCACUACGCCGACUGAAGAGAGCAGACCUAAAAAUCAUUCAGAUCUUGACCACAGUAGAAACCGUGUACAAGCACUCAAUGUUUGUUCUUGACAAAUGGUGACUCAUGAAAAUUGAUGAACUUUACUUUAUGGUGAUGGGUGGAUGUGGGCAAACGUGACGACCAUCUGUUCAGAGGAAGUCAGUGUACAUAAGAAAGUUAGCCUGUGGGUGUCUGUAGUGAAUGUCAAUCACAGUAUCUUCAACAGCCAAUACAACGUCAACACGUAAAGUAGAUGAUCGUCUCCACUUUGAUGACAUUUCCAACUAAAGUCAAACAUUUAUUUGAUUUCCUUUACUACUUCUCUCCAUUCACAUUUGUUUGGACAUUUUUGGAUGAAAAAAAAAAAAAAAAAAACUAAAUCCCUCAUCGUUUAAACGAAUUCAUUUUAGUGUUUUAUCUUAAAGCACCACGUCAUUGCCCCAGAUGUAUCAAAAUCUUAACGUAAAGCAUGCAUACAAAAUUUUAAUAUGUAUUAUAACCUAAACGUUAAAUUCCGGUCUGCUUUCAUCUUUGUAUUAUUUACAGUACACACUUUUUUUAUAUAUAGGCAUUUGUAGACUACUUAUUUUUAUGCUCUAAUUUUUUGUUUAAUAUUGAUAUAAAAUUCAUUUUUUUUUUUUUUUGUAAUGAAUGCAAAGCACAUAACUUUUUUUUCAGUAACUCGAGUCUCUCCCUCCAUUUUAAUAGUUUUUAGUUAAUGCCACAAUGACUAAAGUAUUUGCGACAAUGAACAAACAUAAAUUCUGUGUAGAUAGCUUUAAUAUUUAGUCUGUAAAGUAUCUAAAGGUCUCUAAUCAGUACACAUCACAAAUCUUGCAAUGCUGGACUAGACUUUUUUUGGUGCCAUGGUCCUGUAAGAAGUAAUUGGCGCAUGAUUUUUCAGUACCAAUACUGUGGUCGGUGCAUUGAACAGUGAACUGAGAAGUAUCAGUCACAGUCUUGAAAUCUGAACUGGUCUGGUUACUAGACUCAGGUCUGGCAUUAAUUCCUCCUUUUUAAUUUUUUUUUGUCUAUUUCCAUUCUUUGAGCUGUUUAAGGGUUCAUGGAGUCUAAGAACUGAUUACAGAGCUUUCAUUAAACUACGUCUGACCACGGUCAGUCAUUUCAGGUGUUUAAAGCUAAUGCCUUGAUACCUGUUUUUUUUUUUUUUGGUCAUAAUGAAACAUUUGAAGUUUUCCAACUGAAUUUCAUCUGUGCUGAAGAUCGUCUUAGCUCAGAAUUUGUAUUUAUAAUAUGUUAAUUGAAAUUUAAUUGUACAGCCUUUUAUAAUAAAUCAUUCUAUGUAAAA